CCUGCUUCUUCUGUGUUGAUGUUCACCGAUGUAACCUGUUUAAAGUCAAACGGUAGUCACUUUCUGGUGUUUCCUAUAUUUGUUAAGCCGCCGCCGCCGCUCUAAACGUAGAGUAGAUGUGAUUUCCAGUUGACUGGCUCUGUAAUUCAGCUUUGUGUUGUGUUGGUUAAUUUGGCAUGCUAUCAUCAUCACCAGAUUUGCUGAGGGCACAGCAGGUUUGAUGCCCACUGCUCCAACAUGGAGCCCUCAGACGUGGUCACACACAAAAACGGGAGGCAGAGGAAGGUGGCGGGUGCCACCCUCCCAGAUGAAAACAUGAGGUACAUGAACCGGGGAGAGAUGAGUGCCUCUGAGCCAGAUAUAGAGGAUGAGGCAGAGGGUCUUAUCAGAGGGUCAGAUUCAGAGGACAGGAGGCACAGAGUCCAGCCUGGGAUCCGUGGCGAGCUGGGCAACGUGUCGCUUCUCCUGUUUCUCUAUGUGCUGCAAGGGAUUCCUCUGGGACUGGCUGGCAGCAUCCCUCUGAUCUUACAGAGCAAGAGCGUCAGCUACAAAGACCAAGCCUUCUUCAGCUUUGUCUUCUGGCCAUUCAGUCUCAAGCUUCUCUGGGCACCACUGGUGGAUGCUCUCUACUUCAGCAGGUUUGGUAGAAGAAAGUCAUGGCUGGUGCCCACACAGUACCUGCUGGGCCUCUUCAUGCUCUACCUAUCUGUAACAGUCAAUUCACUGCUGCAGAGUGAGGGAGGACCAAAGGUGGCAACACUUACUGGAGUUUUCUUUAUGCUCGCUUUCCUAGCAGCCACACAGGAUAUAGCUGUGGAUGGCUGGGCUCUGACUAUGUUAUCCAGAGAAAAUGUGGGUUAUGCAUCUACAUGCAACUCUGUAGGCCAGACAGCUGGCUACUUCCUGGGAAAUGUGCUCUUUCUGGCUCUGGAGUCUCCUGAUUUCUGCAACAAAUACCUCAGAAUAGUGCCCAAGGACACAGGCAUCGUUACCUUGUCAGACUUCUUGUUCUUUUGGGGAAUGGUGUUCCUGGUUUCCACGACACUGGUAGCCAUUUUUAAAAGGGAAAAUGAGCAUGGCAAAAGAAAGAGGAGAGUCCAGGAGGAGACACAGGGUGUUAUGGAAACCUACAAGUUGCUGUUCUCUAUUAUCAAGAUGCCCACCGUCUUCACCUUUUGUGUCCUGCUCCUCACUGCUAAAAUUGGUUUCUCUGCAGCAGAUGCAGUGACAGGUCUAAAGCUGGUGGAGGCCGGAGUUCCCAAGGCACAGCUGGCAUUGCUGGCGGUGCCAAUGGUGCCUCUGCAGAUUCUUCUACCAGUAGUCAUCAGUAAAUACACCGCAGGACCCCGACCUCUGGAUGUCUUCUACAAGGCCUUUCCUUUUAGGUUGCUGAUAGGCCUAGAGUAUGCUCUGCUGGUGUGGUGGACCCCCAGUGUAAAACAAGAAGGAGGGUUCCCUGUUUACUACUACAGUGUAGUGCUGCUUAGCUACGCUGUGCAUCAGGUGGCGUUGUACAGUAUGUACGUGGCCUGCAUGGCCUUCCAUGCCAAAGUAAGUGACCCACUCAUCGGGGGGACCUACAUGACCCUGCUGAACACAGUCACUAACCUGGGAGGAAACUGGCCCUCCACUGUGGCUCUGUGGAUGGUGGAUCCACUGACCUCUAAGGAGUGCCAGGGGGCUGUCGGGCAGAGCUGUGGCUCUCCAGAAGAGGCAGGGCUGUGUGUUAAGGAAGGCGGAGCUUGUGUGACGACAUUGGACGGCUACUAUGUGGAGUCAGUGGUGUGUGUUGUGAUUGGUUUGACCUGGUGGGUUUGGUUAGGGAAGAAAAUGAGGCGGCUGCAGGAACAGAGCCCCGCUGCAUGGAGGUGCAGAAUCAACCAGUGACACUCUUAUCAUCAGUAUCACAGACUCCUCUUGAUGCAUUGUACCUCUGCAUAUUCUGCUCCAAACAACAUAAACAGCAGCUAAAUGCUGGACAUACUCCAUUCCAUCCUCAUCUGUCUGGUUUAGUUCACCUGGUCCUGCUUUAGCUGAUCGGUUCAGAAAAACACCCACUCUCAUACUCUCACCUCUGUCACCUUGACGUAUAUAAAUCUGAAGAAAUGCACCGUUGUUGUUGUAACAGCGUCCUCCUGAAAACUGAAACAAUAGUUCAGACUGGUUAAGUACUUGUGUAGAAAAUUUAAAAUUGUUGUAUUUUUUCCGCUCAAACCACAUUCUGCUGCUUGAAAUAGCUUAACUGAACCAGAGCUGGGUCAAAGAGUACUUUGUUUUUACAUUUGAACUUGAAUGGAUCACCUGAUGGUUGAGUUUGAUACUUUUAAUCAUCCAAAGACAAAUGGCAGGAAAAAGAACUUCUUGAAAGAGCUAUCCAAUGUUAAGAGACCUUGUAAAAGGAUUUUAACAAACAUUCAACACUGCACAUUCAUGUUUAUCUCCCUGGCCUGUGGUUGUUUAUUUUAUACUAAAGGACGCUAAAGGGAAAAGACAGGGAUAACGUGGAGCUAUACUUGUCUGAACUAACUGUGUUGGAGUCUCCCCACACUUAUAUACACCUACAAACCGUCUGAGCAAAAUGUGACUGUGCAGCCUCACUUUGGUAUUUAGGUCAAAGUAGCAGGAGCACUUAUAUAUAAUAAGACGUGUGUAUUAAAGUGACGGAUUUGAGAUAUCUUUGUGUUCUUGGCUCAAAACUAUGUGAACUGUCAUAACACUGUCAAAUUCAACCCAUCUGGUAAUCCAAGUUAGUUAAACCCAGAGUAAAAAUAACUUCAUUUGCUUUUUGACUCCGAUCUGAACCAAUAUUUUUAUGAUUAUUUAAAUGUUUGUUUAAUUAUUUUUCAUUUAAAGUUAUUUGUGCCUUGUUUGGCUUUUCAAAGUCUCUUGACUUUGAAGACAUCCAGUGACAAGUCAAAGCCAACCUCAUUUGAGCUGCAGUUAAAUAAUCCAGGCAGGGAAUGUUAGUUAUUUGAGGAUGCAGUUGUGGUGAUAAACUGUAGUCAGACAUUACACAUUACACAAAAAAAAAAAAACAUGACCGUUUUCAUUACUUCAGUUAUUUCUCUUUUUUAUUCACAUACUCCAGAGUCUGAAGCUGAGUACACAUUCCUUGUGAAGAAUUUCAUUUGCACAGUGAUUUAUGCAUAUUAUAUAACCAAUAUCACCAAUGAGCUGAGAUGUCUGAAAUAUUAAAUGUUUUUUUGUUGGAGCAAUCCUUUAUUUUAAUUUGCUUUAUUAUGAUUAGCUUUACCCAUCGUGAAGCCAACUCACAUCUUCAACAAUAAUAUUGGACAGUGCAGCUUAUAACUGUUACAACAUCUUGGUUAUCAAUAGUAUCUGGUUGGUAAUGAUUUUUGCUGAGGUAUAUCUUCUGGUAUGAUUUUACUCUGUGUAAAUGGUGUUGCACUGCAUAUUUCUACUUUUUUCACUGGGGUCCUAGUAGGUCUCACUGAGUCUUUUAGAUGCAUUUACUGUCGUGAUACAUUGUAUGUGAAAGGCCAGUGUCCUGUAUACCAAUUCUUAAUGAAACAGUUUAUUACAGAAGUCCUGAUUUAAAUUUUAACAUCUAUGAAGCCUGUCUAAAUCUACAAGGAUCCCUUGACAGAUCCCAUCUCGGUGUGACUGUGACACCAGCCAUCACUUAACACUACUGAGUUAGGCAGGUAUGAAGCUUUCCUGAGAAGCCUUGUUCUAGAUGGGAAGUCUUACUGAACAUAAAUAGCACAUGAUAUAGGCCUAACUGACAGAUUUGGGGUUUUAUCACUUGCUGUGGCCUGUAAAAAAAAAACCACAAAA